CGUACGCGAGUGUCAACGCCCGGUUUCAUUGAAAAUGGAUUGGAAGCCGACGCUCAGCGCCGCUCCGCUCCGCUGUAGUGGACACGCACGGUAAGACUCCUCUUACAAUCCCGGAAGUAAAGUCAACGGCCCACCUGAUCUUGAAACAAUAUCAGAUUUCGUACACAGGAUGAAUGAAGACAACCAGUUUGCUGGUUUCGUUCUCUACGGUAUAGCCUGAGAUUUGUGGAUAUAUCUAAUUCAGUCUACGCGUUUUCUUUAGGCUCUGUGCAGGUCAAGAGCAGAACACUCGCUGUCGUCGGGUAGCCGAAUCUUGGAACCGAAAAGGAUUUUCAUUGCCUACUAAUCCAGUGAAUAUACUAUUCACCAUCCGAUAUAAUCGUUUUGAAUCGUAAAUUAUUACGGUGUCCCAUCUAAUAUUUCGUUUUGACAAAUUUCCCAUUAUGUUUGAUGUUAAUAUGUUCAUAGACUGCAUUUGAAUACAUUUAACAAAUGCACUUAAAAAAAUGAUGGACCUGUAUCUGCAACACUGCAAUACUAUAAAUGCUUUCGGCUCAACUAUUGCAAAGCCUGCAAGAAUACCCUUGAGGUAGCCUGAGCAACAGAGGCGAUGCGGGUCGAUAUCGAGUACAGCCCGGUCGGCGAGGGGCUGGUUAUGAGCGAGUUCUGGCUUUACGUGUGGAUGCGAAGAGUCUCGGUCAUCGCUGCGCAUGUCAUUGCCUUGGGUCUGACCAUUCUGAUUUCGCUACUGUCCCGUCCUGGAACAAGUCUCUUCUCAUGGCAUCCAGUCUGCAUGUCCAUCGCUUACUGCCUGUGCAUGACCGAGGGCAUCCUCCUCUUCUCAGCCGAAGGAAACACCUUCUGUUUCAAGUCGCGCAAGGGCAAAGUCCGCCUGCACUGGUUUCUCCAAGCCCUGGUCCUGGUGGCAGCCACGACGGGCGUGGGCUUCAUGAUCGCCAGCAAGAACGUCUCAGAGCGCCCCCAUCUGGCCACCUGGCACAGCCUUCUGGGGGUGGCGACACUGGCGGCCACCUUGCUCCAAGCCGCCUGUGGCCUCUGCCUUCUCUUACCUCAACUCAGGGUAGCGUCUCCACCCAGGCUGAAGCUCUACCAUGCCACCUGUGGGUUGGUGGUGUAUCUCCUGGCGACGGUUACUGUGGUCGCAGCAGUGUUCACUGAUUGGUUCCAGGCCACAGUGAAAGGGUUGGUGUGGUAUGCCUUUGUGCUGCUCCCGCUAUUUCCAGGACUGGUGGUGAUGAAUCAGAUUACGAAUGCUUAUCUGCCUCGCAAGAAGAUCACUACAUAGGAGGACACCUCGGGAAGGGAUCAUCAGUCACUAUAUUUUGAAGUGGAUGGUGAUAUAGGCAACUACUUCCGUUAAAAAGGAUGAAUGAUGACUUAGUUGCAGAAGUUUGUUGAAAAAAUCAUACUUGCAACUCAGACACACCAUGUGUACACACAUUUAAGGCAGCUCUGACAUUUACAAAAAAGCUAACAUACAGCCUGUUACACACACACCUGCACACAGUACAUAGUGUACUAAACAAAAAGCUGUAGCUGGCUCUGGAUGCACUUUUACAUAAAUACCAGGGUGUGGGGAUCCAGAAGAACUUGUAUGGCUAACCUGUCCUAUGAGGUAAUAGAAAAAUCUGCACUGGAACACAUAGAAUUGUAACUGAAGUCAGGUCUUCUGCUCCACCUGUUACCUCAGAGGCCAUUUUGCACAAUUCAAACAAACAAAAGAGGGGCACUGUAUACAGUAACAAGACUGGUUUUCUCUAAAACAGGGAGAUUCAAACGUUUUCCAUUUGAAUCUCUGGGGAAAAAGAGAUAACCAGUGUUUUUUAGUGUGUGUCUUUAAAAUGUGGACUUGGCGUCAACUGCAAAUGUCUUUCCAGAGAUCAGCAGAAGAGUAAUUUAGCCGCCCAAGCUACACCCACAGGCUCUAUAAGCAGAGAAAUAUUUCCUUUAUCCCAAAAUAUUUAGUGGGUGCCCAGUCUUUAAACUAGCUACCAUUUUAUUACAUACAUUUUAUUCUUUGUGACAACCAACACUGUCAGGUAUUGACCUUCUCCCAGCAAAAACGUAUCCUAAGCCAGACCUAUUUUUCUAACUAAGAAAUCCCUUGGCUCUUGCACUAGGACCUAUUGGAUGUAUCGUACCUAUGAGCUGUCAGCACGACACCUUGGGUUCUCUGUCUCGUGUCUAUUUCUGUCGUUUGUUCUUUCCAUCACCCCUUGCUCAGAAAGUAUGCAACAUGUGGAUCACUUUGCCAGCGUCUAUUCCCAAAAUGUUUAACACAAAUACCUUAAUACAUGUUGUUCCUUAAAGGGGCCACUAAUUAUCCAUGGUUGUAAAAGGAAAGUAAGGUCAAAACACAAAACUGUUAUAAAGAGGUUUCCAAUGAAAAACGUGUCUUGUGUCAAUCAUGCCUGUGGUAGUUUUUUAGAAAGCGGGAUAUUUCAAUCAUUCAAUUACUGUCAUUGGUAGGAUUGACACAUUUUUGUAUUCAGAAUCCCUUGUUAUUGGUCAGAUAUCUAAAUAUGGCAUUGCUUUCAAAUUGCACACAACGUGUAUAUCUAUGGUCAUGUACCUUUGACAAUGUUGCUGAUGGGAUGGAAGACUUUUAGAUCCAGACCAGUUUUUUUGGUAUGUUUGCGUUUGUCCUCAUAUGAACUACUGCAGUUUAUUGUGGACGGAUUCAUACAAAUUAGGCUAACCUGGCUAUACUUGACCUGCAAGGAUAAUCAGUAUAAAGUAUAAUUUAUGUUUAAGCAUGCAUAUCCUUCAGUUUGGUUCUACUCAGGGCUGAAUCUAGAAACUUUUUAAUGAUUUCACAAGCUGAGUAUUUAGGAGGGGAGAUCAGCCAGUUGUGGGCACGACAUGUGGUGAAGUGAGUCAGUUGAAAUGGAUAUUUCAAUAAAGUCAUAGUAGCUG